AUGAAGAGUAGAGUAAUCCUAAGCCAUAGAGAGAGAAAAGAUAACAAUAAAGGCAUCUUCUGUAGUUAUACGCAGCUUGAGACCAUGGAGAGAAAGCCCUUUGAGGUUGACACGACGACCGAUGAUCACAAACCUUACUCCGCCGUCGAUGGCCGUGGUGCUGAUGUUACAUCGAAUGUCGAUUCGUUCGAGGAGGACCAAGAAAAACUCGUUUACAGAGGAUGGAAAGUCAUGCCUUUCAUCAUUGAUUUUAGUGACGGCCCAAAAACAAAAAUAUGA